AUGAAUUGGGUCUUCCCAUCCAGGUCUCCCCUUCCGGACAUGAAUUCUCCACACCGUCUCAAGACUGGCGUAGGUCCCAACCCGCCGGCUCUUCCUCACCAGCACCAGCAACACCAGCAGCAACAACCGCAACAUCACCAGCCACAGCAACACCAACAGCACCACCAGCACCACCAACAUCAGCAUCCUAUCCCGCUCUCUCAGCCAGGUGCUCCCUCUCCAUUUGCUCCUCCAAACCCCUUUGAUAACCCAAUGGUCCCUGCGCCUCCAGUCCCAACUACUGCUCCAGCCCCGUCACAUCUGCAAACUACCCACGUUCAGCAACAGCAGCCGCAGCAGCAACAGCCUGGCCAGGUGCAUCCGCCUUCGUCGCCUGCUAACCCAAGGAAGCGUCGAGCCUCCAUCCAACAACCAGGCUCAUUAUCAAAUAUGGGGCCUCCAAUGGCUGGAUCUAAUGCUACCGAUCAGGAUGGCGCUACGACUGGUACUGCUCCCGCCCCUGCUCCGGAAGCAGGCGUCAAGAAGAAAGGCCGCACCAAUACACCUUGGACCGCAGAGGAGGAGCAAAGGCUCAAAACUAUGAGAGAUGCUGGCAACACAUGGAGUGAGAUUGCUAAGACAUUCCCUACCAGAACUGAAGGCAGCGUCAAAAAACAUUGGUACAAAGACAUGCACUAUGCGGAAUUUGCAGAAGACGAGUCCAUAGCGCUGCGGGAUGCAAUCAAGGAGUAUGAAUCCAAUAAGUGGAAAGUCAUAGGCCAGAAGGUCGGGAAGCCAGCAAAGGCCUGUGAGCAGUAUGCCAAGGAGCAUUUCAAGAACCUGUAA